AUGGCACAGUCCGAACCAGUCACCCUGCUAUCCCUGGCUGGGGAGAUCUUCUACGAAACGUAUAAUCUGAUCAAACAGCUGAGACGCGACGGGAUCGCGGAGCCCUCGCUCGAAGUCGGCGCCACCAGCGCGGUCUGGACAACGCACACGGGAGCCAUCGAGCGGGCACGCAGCACCAUCUGGGGCCUGACGAAGCAGCUGACCAAGCUGCUUGACGGGCCGCACGGGUUCCUGCACGAGUACGUGUCGUCCAACUGGGACCAGGGGGCGUUGUAUACGCUGCUGGAGAGUGGCGUGCUGGAGAAAAUCCCCCUCGACGAAGAAGUGCACGGCGUGCACGUGUCGGAGCUGGCGGCGAAGUCUGGGAUCCCGGAGGAUAAGCUGCUCUGCAUUCUGCGUCUGAACGCCUGCGAGGAUAUCGUGAGGGAGGUGUCUGAGGGUGUGUUUGCCCAUACAGCGAUAUCGGAGCAGCUGGUGCGGGAUCCCAAGUUCAGGGCGUUUAUUGGGUUUCACUGGGGAAAACCAAUGUACGACUGGCAUCGAGCCCACCCAGACAAAGCGAAGCGGUUCCAGCUGGCCAUGGAGGGUGUCUCGCAGACUCUCGACCCCGGAAAUGCCCUCUUCCAUGACUGGUUCACGACGAAUACAAAGGGAGAUGCGCGCCCUCUGGUGAUCGAGAUUGGCGGAGGCGAUGGACCAGUAUCGCGAUUUCUAGCAGGGGAGUUCCCAGCCCUGUCAUUCGAAGUACAGGACGCAUCGGAAGCUCUUCUCGCCAAGGGUCGGCAAUCGCUCCCUUCAGAGUUACAAGGACGGAUCCAAUUCCAGCACCACGAACUCUUUGCGCCGCAGGAGCAGAAGCUGCCUGGAAGGUCUACAGGGAAAGCGCUGAUCUACAUCAUCAGGAACAUUCUCUGGAAUCUACCGGACGAGAAAUGCAUCCGAUUACUCCAGACCUUCGUCCCCGUGAUGGCUAACAAUCAGAACGCAGUCGUCCUGGUCAACGAGCUCCUGUCCCCCGCGCCGGGGACGUUUGCGCCGCACGUCGAAAAGGCCUAUCGACGGCGGGACGUGACGCUGACGACGAUGCACAAUGUCAAGCAGAGGAGGGAGGGGGAGUGGAGGGCGUUGUUCGAGAAGGCGAGUCCGGAGUUUAGCGUCAAUCUCACUGCUGGCUUUACUUCGCAUAGCUCUCGCGGUCUGUGGGAAUUGCGCUGGGCGGGUGGAAAUCGAGACGCCCUAGCCCUAGACCUAAGCCCUGCUCGAGUUGAGUGUCAGCUGACUCGUACUCCCAUCCCCUCUGUACGUCCCCGAGACAUUCCUUUUCUGUCGUUCUACAUCCACUCCCAACCUAACGAGUCAGUCGAGUCAGUGCGUAUGUCCGAAAUCCGACCGGGAGAGCAGAGCAGUUGCGGCCUUUCACAUGCCAUGUCUGUGCGUAUACAACGCGACGAGGAGGUCUUGUUUUAUUGUCUAUUCUUUAAGUCUGCUGCCUGCGAAUCGAAUAUGGACGCCGCUACCUACGAAUACGCAAAGACGCUUCAUAUCCACCAUUUCAAACCGGACGAGGUGCCGUGGCGCCGGCUGGGGCAGUACCUCUACCGAAUCGUCGAGGACGGAUCCAAUACCCAAUACCGCCUCGCUGCCAUCGAGAGCCUGCUCCCACCGCGAAGCAAGGGACCAGUCUUUCACUUCCAUGAGAUGCACGAUGAGGGGUUCUUCGUGAUUGUCAGUCUAUAUGCAUUCCUCAUAAUGCUGUCUACUGAUAUCUAUCUACAGAAGGGAACCGUCCGAUUCCACUCCCCGGGCCGGCCCGACAUCGACGCCAAAGCCGGCGACAUGGUGACCGUGCCGAUCCGGCUGCCGCACCGGUUCAGCAACCCGUUCGAUGAGGAGGCCGUGUUCGUGAACACCAUCACGCCGGGAUUCUUCGUCCGCUACUUUGAGUAUCUGGAAGAGCUGAUCGGCGAGGGCACGGAGCUCACCGAGGAGGUCAACCGGGCGGCGCUGCUGCGGUUUGCGACGGUGCCGCUGGGAAAGGCGGCCUUGACGCAGUUGGAGGAGCCGGUGCUUGCUGAGACGAAUGGAAAUGAAAAUGGAAAUGAGGCCGAGGAAGAUGCUUCGAAGGACGAUUCGAAGGACGUCUCGAAUGGAGAUGCUGCUACGCCGAAAGAUGGUGCCAAUGAAGAUGGUGCAGGCUCAAAGGAUGUGCCAAAGGAUGGCCUAACUGGGAAUACGAAUGGAAAUGCUGCUGCUUCGAAGGAAGCUUCGAAUGCAGAUGCGAAUGACCACGCGGGUGGACAUGCAGAUGCAGAUGCAAACGCAGACGCAGACACUCCUCAGCCAGUUGGUGUCCAGGACUGA